CACUCUCACAUACACACUCACACAUUCACACACACACUGACAGAGCACAUUUACAGACGUCUCUGUGCUGACAAUGAAGCAACCCCGGGCAGGAAACACAACAGGAAGAGGGGCGGCGAGUAUGUAAAACUGCUGUCUAAUCGCCCUGAGGAACUUCAGUAACUCUGCGAAAGAUGGACUGUGAUGGAGGUGCUGAGACGAAGACUUACAAGACCACCAUUACCAUGGAGAUCAAGCCAGCAAGAGAGUCUCCAGCUGCAGGAUGUGGGGUGAGGAGCAAGGAGAACGGCACAGCAAAGAAAGACAAAGAAAAUACAGAUGUGGACACAUGUAAAGCUGUCAAACCCAGGAGGAGAUCCGGCAGUGGAGCAGCAGGCCCUGUGGUUGAGUUCGUGGACCCUGUCGAGAAGGUGCAGGUGUGUGUUGGGGAGACGGCACAGCUUUCCUGCUCCUACAGCUGUUCGGGGCCUUCGGCGUCCUGCUGGAUCCACAACAAGAAAAAGGUCGUGGUGGACGGCGAUCGCACAUGCAUAGAGAGCAGCACUACUGGCAGCGUCUUGACCAUUUCUAAAGUGCUUCCUGUGGACGUAGGAAGCUACACGCUCUUUGUUCGAACUCGACACGGCCUCGCUCAACAUACAGUCGUUCUCAGCAUUAGAGAUCGGCCGGAACGCCCAGCGUCGUGUCCAUUUGUCUCCCAGCUGACUCGCAGUUCUUUGGUUCUGUCCUGGAGUGGACCGGGUUACGAUGGCGGUUCACAAAUCACAGAUUAUGUCGUAGAGAUGAAAAGUGUUGGUCCAGGUGAAUCCGAGGACUGGAGCGUGCUCACUUCGCAGUGUAAGGACACCACGUACCGGGUUCGCUCUGGACUUCGCGCGCAGGGCGAGUACCGCUUCCGAGUACGAGCCUGCAACGCCGUGGGGGUCAGCGACCCCAGUGAAGAGUCGGACUCCAUUAAGAUGGAUACAGCAGUCGAGCCACAGGAGAAGAUUCUCGCGCAAGGCGAUGUCAUUAUUGACACUGUGCACAAGGUCAAAGACUGUUAUGACAUCCAUGAAAAGCUGGGAGUAGGGAAGUUUGGCCAGGUGUUCCGGCUGACCCACAAGGAGACAGGACGCGUGUGUGCCGGAAAGUUCUACCGUGCGAUCGGGUCCAAGGAUAAAGAUGCAGCCAGAGAAGAGAUCAAACUGAUGAAGGAGCUACACCAUCCGAAACUGGUGCAGUGCCUGGGCGCGUUCGACACCCGCUCGGAGAUUGCAUUGAUCAUGGAGUACAUCGCCGGCGGUGAGCUCUUCGAGCGCAUCGUGGACGAUAACUUCGAGCACACGGAGCCCAACAGCAUGCAGUACAUGCGGCAGAUCCUGGAGGGCGUCCUGUAUCUUCACCGCAAAAAAAUCGUCCACCUCGACCUGAAACCCGAGAACAUAGUGUGCCUCAACGCCACCGGGACACUUAUAAAGAUCAUCGACUUUGGCCUGGCUAGGAAACUCGAACCCGGAAACCCUCUGAGGGUGAUGCACGGCACGCCCGAGUUUGUGGCUCCAGAGGUGGUCGGCUACGAGCCCGUGGAUCUGGCAACGGACAUGUGGAGCAUCGGGGUGAUCUGCUACAUCCUACUGAGCGGAGAGUCGCCGUUUCAGGGAAGCACGGACGCUGAGACUCUCUCGCUGGUCACCGCCGCGACCUGGGAUUUCGACCCCGAGUUCGAGGACAUCACUGACGAGGCUAAGGAUUUUAUUUGCGAGCUGCUGAAGAAGAACAAAAGGGAGCGGCUGUCGUGCGAGCAGGCUUUGGCUCAUCCGUGGAUGGCCGCGUGCUCGAGGCGAGUCACAAAAACCCUCAACAAAGACAAGAUGCGGCGUUUCCUGGCCAGGCAAAGAUGGCAGAGAACCGGCAAAGCCGUGCUGGCGCUAAAGAGGAUGGCGAACCUGUCUAACAAGUCGGACACCUCGGAUUCUCAAUCUCCUUCCAGCCAGGUUAAUGACAAAAGUCUAGCGAAGGAGGCAGAAGAGGCAGUUCUGGCUCUGGAGACGCAGCUGAGGAGUGAGCCGAAUUUCCCACAAACCCUUCACGACCUUACAGAGCCAUGCGGCUCUACUGUACACAUGGCCUGCGUCGUCCAAGGUUAUCCUGACCCGGAAGUGGUGUGGCUACUUGGCAACGAGCCCCUCAAGGAGACGGACCGCAUGCAGAUCGAGUACAAAGCGGACGGGCUGUGUACGCUCACUCUGACCGAAGUGCAACCCAGUGAUUCUGGGACGUACCACAUUCGAGCCUCUAAUCACCUUGGGCAGGCGCUGUGUUCGGCGAGGCUCACUGUGGCCAACUAGAGGUGUGGAGCUGUAAUGAAGACGAGGCUGUGGACAAGAAAAAGCACUUCUUUUUUUUUUGUGAUUUGGAGCACGGCCUGCAGCGGAAAAAGGCAACUCGACUAAGGAUUUAAAGUCUUCACGGGUCACACGUUUCUUUUGAUGCACAAUUUACUGGACAUGGAGGGAUUUGUUCUGAAUUCACUUUUAUCACUUUAGGACACUUUUGUGUUUUAUUAUACGAGUUAAAUGUUCACAGCGUCCACUGAUAAGACACCUGGGCACCUGAUUAAGUUACCAUGUCGAUCUAAAGGUUCGACAUGCUUUUCUGCUCACUGUGUUUGUAGAGAGUGACUAUUCUGGUUACCGGAGCUUUCCGGUCAUCUUGAACCGGCAGCUCCUACCUCCCGCCGACAAGGUGCUUCUGCUCGCACUGGAACUGAACCCUGUGUGUGUGUGUAUGAAAAUUCCAUCACAGCAGCAGCUGCUGAAAUCCUAAACCCAGCCUCUCUGUCACUGAAAUCACAUUUCGACAGGACUGUAGCUGUUCAUGUUUAUGCAGUCGACUGGAUAAUUACACAAAUGCCAACAGGAAGUGGUUGAUGAGUGAGUGUUUGUACACAUAUUAAGCUGUAAUUUUAUAUAAACUUAUGACGAUGUGAGAUUUUCCUUUAAUAAAGAAUUUUAUUAUAUUAAUGUA